GAAGCAGACUGAGAGGGAGAAGGAGAAGAAGAGGCGCCUGCAAGAUUUGGUUUUAUUCGUCGCAACGGCGUUGUGUUUUUACCAUAUUUGCCAGAAAACAUGCGAGACAGAGAGAGCGAGCGAGAGAGAGAGAGAGAACUGGGAUUCGAAUCCAAUUAGGAACCUCCUCGUCCUCCUCGCGGAGUAGGACAGACUGACGGAAGGACGGACGAAAAUGAGUCGGUCGCUGUCUGUCCCGUCCUUUUGUCCUUAAAAGCGAUUGCGAGGCGCAGCGUGUCCCGUUAGCCUUCGAUUGACCAGUGUGUCUCGUUGCGGGCUUGGCUUGGGCUUGGGCUUGGGCUUGGAUUCGAUAUGUGGCGAAGGCUGUCAGGUAGGAUAUUUACAAAAACCAUUAUGAAAAGUAAUUCAGUUAGGAUUGUCCAAUUCUACGGAUGGGAGCAUUUCGCAAUGGCACUUGCUUCGCACACCAGGUCGAAGUAUUCGUGGCAGCGCUGGGGUGUCUCCGUCAUGACAUCAAUUUCCUGGACAAAUAUCUUUGCGGAAGUAAUUGGGAGUCUGGGAUGUGGGGUUCUGUAGUUUAUAUAUAACAGGUCAUCAUGGGGGCUUACAGUCAAGAAUUGAAUGGGAGUCGGUGCACGCAUUCGGAGCUCACGGCAUCGGCCAAUAAUGUUGAUUGUGAAACGCCGCGAGGCAGCGGGAGCAAAGCAAAAUUUGGAGCCAUUCGUGCCAUUAUUGGUACCUCCAAAUUACGUAAUUCUCUCAAAAGGCGGCGCGGAGGUGGUUUUCAUAGAUCGAAAAACUUAUCUCUGCCGAUCGAAGAUGUACGUGAUGUGAAGGACCAGCAAGCUGUCGAAGAAUUUCGCAGGGAUCUUAUUACCCGAAAUCUACUACCUGAGCUCCAUGAUGAUUACCACGUUCUUUUGAGGUUUAUCAAGGCAAGAAAAUAUGAUGUCAAGAAAGCAGCAGAGAUGUGGAAAAACAUGUUAGCUUGGCGCAUGGAGUUUGGGACAGAUACAAUUGAUGAGGACUUCAAAUUUACAGAAAUUGACAAAGUGAGGAAUUACUAUCCUCAAGGGUAUCAUGGGGUGGAUAAAGAAGGCAGGCCUGUGUACAUUGAAAGAAUUGGAAAAAUCCAUGCACAGAAUUUGAUGGAAGUUACUACACUUGAUAGGUAUCUGAAAUACCACGUACAGGAGUUUGAAAAGCUACUAAACUUGAAGUUUCCAGCAUGCUCUGUUGCAGCCAACCGCCACAUUGACACCACCACUACCAUUCUCGAUGUAGCUGGAGUGGGUCUGAAGAAUUUCUGUAAACCUGCCCGAGACUUGAUCGUUGCCAUUCAGAAAGUUGAUAGCGAAAAUUAUCCCGAGACGUUGGCGCAGUUAUUCAUUGUGAAUGCCGGACCGGGCUUCAAAAUGCUUUGGGGCACUAUAAAGGGCUUCCUGGAUCCUCAUACAGCAGCAAAAAUACAUGUCAUUGGCAAUAACUACCAGAAGAAACUGCUGGAGAUUGUUGAUGAAAGUAAUUUGCCUGAUUUUCUGGGUGGAACCUGCACAUGCCCAGCAGAAGGUGGAUGUAUGCAGUCUGAUAUGGGUCCUUGGAAGGAUCCGGAUAUAUUGAAGGUUGUAUUAGCGGCAGCUCAAGGAAAAGGUGCACGAGAUAGCGUCUCUUCUGCAACAGAUUUUGCUGAUUCUUGUCGAUUUGAGGACAUAAAGAGGGAAGUUGGGCAUGAAGUUGACGAAGCACAUGAAGAUUUUUUCGCAGAUGUAGGGGAGAAGAGUGUGACUCAUCCUAAUCUUAAAGUGUCACCUGUGAAAGAACAGAGAUUAGGGAAUGGAGAACCCACCGGUGGAUUUAGUAGAAAGGAUGAGAGUCCAACUUUUAACGGAACUUCUGGACUUGUAUGGACGACAGGCACAAGCGCUUGGUCAACGUUGUGGUCUCUGUUCUUGGCCGUCCUGGAUUGUUUGAGUCUACCUUACCGCCUAGUAUCAAGCAAGUCACAAGUGAAGGAUUCACAGGACUGGAUGAAGGCAGACGAGUUUGCGAGAUUAUCCUGUCUUAUUUCCAAUCGUGUGGCACGGCUUGAGGGUGAAGUCACCAUGUUAUCCUCAACGUGUAGUUUGGCCAGUAAGAAACAUACUGUGGAUCCCUCUGCAGAGAGGAUCAAAUGUCUUGAAGCAGAGCUUGCAGAAACAAAAAAGGACAUCAAGGAGAUAAUUGCGAAGCAACAGGACCUUAUAGUAGCAAUUGAACAAAUGGGAGAGUACCGGAAGAUGAAACAGAAGCCAAUCUUCUAUUGUUGGUGAUUUCGCAACUCUUCUGCACCUACAAUACAACGGUUUUAUCUACUAUGAGCAUACGAUGUUGCGGAUUGCAUGUGUCCUUUCAAUCGUUUGCAGCCAACCUGGAGCAACCACAAGUUGUUCGUUGUUGAUUUGAAGAAGCAGCCAACUGCUCGAAUACAGUAAGAGUCUGACAGUAGACUCAAUCAGCACUAUAGAAGAGAAUAUUGUUGCUGUUUCAGGUAAUGAAGUAGCCACAGCAGUUAUAUGCUUUGAAGAACUGUCGAUCACAUGGCUGCGUCGAUGGGCUACCGCAUUCAGUUCCACUACCAUGGCUUUAUCCACUGGUCUAUGUGGACUCGCAUAGACUCCUGGGUUUACUGAAAAUAUUUUUAAAGUAGCCUGAUACUGGGCAGGUGAAAGUGAAUUAUCUGCAUCGAGCAGAAUAGAAAUAAUUUACACUAGUACGUGACUCUUUGGAAGUUCCCAAUGUGGCUCUUGAUUUACAACCAAUAGCCCUUGCUUUAACAGGGGGUAUUACUCCAUUCUCUUGACUCAGCUCGUGAUUUCGUAGAAAUUAGUGCACACGCAUUUCACAGCACUUAUAUCAUUUCUGUAAAUUUAACCAUCACUUUACAGGUGAGUAUGAAUAUAUAUAUAUAUAUAUAUAUAUAUAUAUUCAUGAUGCCUGCAAGAGUGCUAAUUCUGUAGUAUUUAAGGUAUUAAUUACUUUGUGAAAUUUGGGCCCA